CAGUAGUAGGACAAAUGUAGCCGGCAAACUGCAUUAGUCUCCGCCGCAGAGGUUUUGACUACUGUCAGAAGAAAGACAAAAAGUUUUACUGCGGGAGGGCGACGCUCCUGAGCCGCCGGAGUAGCGACCUGCAAACUGAUCCCAGUCCUGAUCUGAGCGAGUGUCUGCUGACAGAGAGAGGGAGGCGGGUUACCAGUGGUGUUGCAGAAGGUGCCUCCAGACUUCAGACAUUACUCCUGGCUGUGGGGGCGCGUGGCUGGCAGCAGGAGUGCGUCUGAAUUCCCUGCAACGGGGGAAGUGACCUCAGGUUUCCUGUGUGGGGAUGGCCAGGUGCUGUGGUGUUAUUGUGAGGGGCGCAAGACUUCCUCCAUGGAUGCUUUGUUGGUAAACGUCUGAAAUGUGAUCCUUUGAGCCUGGGCCCCUGUGGGAGGUUUACAGAAAAUUACAAUGGCUGACCGUUUUGAUUGUGACAACUGCAAGGAGUCCUUGUAUGGCCGCAAGUACAUUCAGUCAGAUGACCAUCCCUACUGCAUCCCCUGUUACGACAGCCUGUUCUCAAACACAUGUGACGAGUGUAAAGAGCUGAUCGGCCAUGAUGCAAGGGAGCUCUUCUAUGAGGACCGGCAUUAUCAUGAGCACUGCUUCCGCUGUUUCCGUUGUGAUCGCUCGUUGGCAGAUGAGCCUUUCACCAGCCAGGAUGACGCGUUGCUCUGCAAUGACUGCUACUGUAAUGAGUUCUCCUCUAAGUGUGUAGCCUGUGACAAGAUCGUCAUGCCAGGUACGAGGAAGUUGGAGUAUGCAGGCUCUACAUGGCACGAGGGCUGCUUCAUCUGUCACAGCUGUGAACAGCCAAUUGGCUCGAAGUCUUUCAUCCCUGACAAAGAUGAACACUACUGUGUGUCCUGCUAUGAGGACAAGUUCGCUCCACGCUGCACACGCUGUAAAAAGACCUUGGCUAAAGGUGGUGUGACCUAUCGAGAGGAACCAUGGCAUAAGGAGUGUUUUGUCUGCACCAGUUGUAAGACACAGCUGGCAGGUCAACACUUCACCUCCCGAGACGACAGCCCUUACUGCCUCAAGUGCUUUGGCAGCCUGUAUGCCAAGAAGUGCGAGGCCUGCAGCAAACCAAUCACAGGUUUUGGAGGAGGAAAGUACAUCUCAUUUGAGGAUCGCCAGUGGCAUCAGCCAUGCUUCACCUGCUCUCAGUGCUCUGUUUCACUGGUGGGCGCUGGCUUUUUCCCUGAUGGUGACAGGAUCUUGUGCCGUGACUGCAACAGCAACCUAUAGAGCAGUCAUUCACCAUAUUCUCACCCUUCCCUUGACUUACCUUCCACUCUUCGUCACAGCAUUUCAAGAACCCCAAGUCAUUACCGAGGAAGGUAACGAAGGCUAACAAAUGCUGCCUCUCAGGUUGUUUUUAUAUUAAAAAAAUCAGUUCCUCGUGGUCCCUGUCGGGGUGAGAUUUUCAUCCAGGAGCUAGUGCGCAAUAUCCUGUUUUGAUGCUGCAUUGUUUGAAUGAACGACCACAAAGAUUUCCUCUUGAACCAAAAAGUUAAUGAUUUUGUGCAACAAAGUUAAUGGAGUGCCUUAAGAAUACCAUUGCUUAUAUGUUAUGUACUAUUGAACCAAAGAAAUGCAAAAUGCUAGUCACUUUGCAAGAAAUUCCUUCAUAUUUUAUACAAAAAAUUGCCACUUCAGGUAGAGGUCAGACUCUGAAGAGAAGACAGUGAACACUGAUACACAGUAUGUAAACCGUACAGUGUGUUUUUCAAAGUACGGUGGAGGUACUGUUGUAUUGCUCUUAUAACUGCAGUUUUAAGCAUUUUAAUUACAGUAUGUCAGAAAAUAAAAGCAAGAUGAAAAAAAAAACUGAGGUAGUCAGUUUAUGGUAGUUAUGAUCAAUAAAAUCAUUUGCACUUUGGGUAAGAUAUUCUCUUGCUACCAUGUUAUGUGCACAUAAUAACACAUCUUAAAAAAACAUGGCACACAGACCACUUUUUUGUCAUGUAUCAGCUUUUGUUGAACUUUGCAAUGACACUUAUUUUUACAUAAAGUUUCUUCUUAUUUCUGUUGUUUUUUGCAUUUGUUGUAAUGCAUCUUUUUUUACCACCAGUGCUCAAAGAGCCAGCAUUUAUAACCCAAAAGAAGCUGAAAUGAAAUCUAAUACCAUUGUGUAUUGCAGGAGUAUGCAUGUCUUUGUCUGCCAUGAUUUGAUUUUUUUGUUGCUGUUAAUGCUAUAAGUGUUUUGUUUUGCAUUGUAACAUGUAUGUGAAAAAUUCUAAAAAAAAACAAACCUAUAUUUCAUUAUUUCAGCUUUGAUGCUGGUGAGUCAGAGUUGGCAAAUACACAUUUUAAGAUUAAAAUACGCCAUUGAGGCACUAAAAGUAUGAACUUACUGUAAAAAAAAAAAUUAUGAUAAUUGAUAUGGCUACAUGUUUAGUUUUAUUUGUGAAGGCUUAUUAAAUAAAUUUACACUGACUGAUCUCUUCUGGGCAGUUUUUA